AUUCUACGGCGCUACACACAUAUAUACAGAUGGAAGUCCGUGUUGUCCGUGUUGGAUUCAUCAUGCUUAUGAAACAUCUUAAUUGCAUCCGGUCUAUUAAUCCUUCCAAAAUGUUUGUACGGUACCUGACCCAUGCUCUCACUGGGGUUGAUGUGGUGACCAGAAUGAAGUCACCCGUCUAGACACUGGAAAUGCAAAAAGAUUUGGGUCCCUUCCCAGAAGGUUUUGGUGAAUGGUUGUUUCUCAAACUGGAGAUGAAUAGACUAAAGAUCUAGACCUGAGAGUUCAAUCCACACUUGCUGAAUUUGUGAUUGACUCAAAAGUUGUCGAUAUUGUGAACCACAAAGAAAACUGAUAAUUUACAGCAGAAUAUAAAUGGGCUUGAGGAAUGGGCAGGUGAUAUCAUCAGUUUAAUUUAAAAGCAUCAUUUUCACAUAACCCUUAAUCAAAUACAUAAUGGGUAUUUUAAAAACACAUUCCACUGGUCUUUUCUCGCCCUGAUUUGUCCUGGUCUUUUCUCACCCUGAUAUGUCGUGGUCUUCCUUUCCCUGAUAUGGCCUGGUCUUUUCUCGCCUCCUGUUCUCUUCCCCCCCUCCCCCCUACUUUUAGUCUGAAGAACCAUCACCCGUGUGCUCCACUCAGUUCUUGCAACAUUCCCAUCUGUCGGUCCAGUUACACGUCGUAUAAUUUUGUCCCAGAAGGAUACAUUUUCCGUAGGUUCAUUCAUACAUGGAGGUGCCGCUAACUGAAAUUUAUUUUCCCAACUCUAGAAUAGGAAAAUAGUCCAGUAGGAAAAUAGUCCAGUACGGCCCACAGACGUAGCAACAAUGAAGCAACAAUUAAGCCCUCCCUUCACCACCUCCAGUUUAAAUUCCAUUUGGAAUAUUUUGGAGGACCAGGGAACCAAGAAACCAAGAACCAAGAAUGAGAGCGUCUCACAGCAAUGAUUGGUCGCACUUACAGAAGACAUUCCUCUUGCAGGCUGUAGCAAAGAUCUUAGAGGAGCUCCUUGGGCUGAAGAGCUUCGACCCGAAACGUCACCCAUUCCAUCUUUCCAGAGAUGCUGCCUGUCCCGCUGAGUUACUCCAGCUUUUUGUGUCUAACUUCGGUUUAAACCAGCAUCUGCAGUUCCUUCCUACACAUUCCUCUUGCACUGGUUAAUGUGUCUUCUAGUCCUCUUGCACAAUGUAUCAUUUAGUCCAAGUGGGACACGAGGCUGCGCUGCGCUGGGGCCGUCAGGGCACGUGGUCCCGACCCCGAGCGCCUCGAAUUGCCGAGGCUCGCGCGGCGCCGUUGCCCGGGGCGGCGGUUGUAGGAAAAGCUUUAGAUAAUUAAAACAGGACAACGCAGAGGGGCGAGUGGAGAGGAUGUCACAUCUAGUACCACUCCCUGUGCCCUGCCCUGUAAACCUUGGAACAAUGAAGGUUGAUGCCUCAGGGUCAGAGUUGCAUCACUUUGUGAGAGAGGGCAGUCACACCAAGGUGAAAAAAAUUCUAAAGAAAGGUGCUGCCGUUGACACUAAAAAUAGUCUAGGACAGACACCAUUGUUCAUUGCUGCUUUACUGGACCUUGUCAAAGUUGUUGAUAUAUUAAUGGUGUUUGGAGCAGACCCUAACCAUCGGUGUGAUGACCUGAGUACUCCUGUGCACGCAGCUGCAUUUUCAUGCAAUCAGUGGAUUCUCAGUAAACUACUGGACGCUGGAGGUGAUUUGCGUUUGAGUGAUAAAGAUGGAAGAUUACCCCAAGUCUGGGCGAAAUCAGCCAGGAAGGAAUGCAGUGCCCGGAUCCUGGAGUUCAUGCAGAAGUGCGCUGCACAUAUGCAGGAAAUCACCCAACAAGUUUCCUGCGGUAUCUCAUAUCAAAUUGGGUGCUCAGAAACACUGACACGAAAUCUUUCCAUGUUGAAUAAAAUAACUUAUGGAAUAAAGGAUGGGGAGUUUCUCAACAAUCCUAAAGCUAGAAGAAUUUCAUCACAAACUGUUCAAUGCUUUGGAUUUGGGAAGUUCUGCGUGCAUGGACCCACACAGAUGGCUUAUCUUGCUUCCAUUCCACUUGUCAGUGAGAAGGCAUUAGUGCAGCCAGAUGAUGAACCAACUUUUUCCUAUGCAAAUGGCCCUUACACAACAAUGACCAAUUUAACGUGGAAUGGAAUUCGUGUCACAGUCAAACAGAUGAACAUUCCCACACAUCAAAACUGCAGCAAACGAUUGUCAGCUGAUUUGCUAAUUGCAGAACAAGAGUACAACAGUCAUCUUCGGCACCCAAACUUCCUGCUGCUGAUGGCUGUGUGUCAGCUUUCUGAACUGGACCAAAUUCGUUUAGUGUUUGAGAGGAUUAAUCUUGGUUCCCUUUACGGAGUAUUACAUGAAAGGCGCUCAGAGUUUCCAGUCUUGCCUUUAGAGACAAUUGUACAGAUGAUUCUACAGAUUACCGAUGCUCUUCUUUAUAUUCACUCUCGGGGAUACAUCCAUCGAACUGUCACCUCUCAUGCUGUGCAGCUUGUUUUGCCUGGUAUUGCCAAAUUGAGCAACUUUGAAUUCAUGGUCAUGAGUGGUGAUGGAAGCACACAAAGAAAUCUUUCUCAAUUCCCUAUCCCUCCACAGUUUUAUAACUGGCUAGCACCAGAGGUAAUUCGAAGCAAAACUGCUACAAUCAAAUCGGAUGUCUACAGUCUUUGUACUUUGAUCCAGGAGCUGUUCACAGAUGCAGUUCCCUGGGAAGACCUGGAUGGAUUUGCAAUAAAGGAGUUACUAGCAGCUGGACACUAUUUAGCUGUAGAUGAACAAGUUCCAAAGCCAUACUAUGACAUCGUGCAAAUUGGAAUUCAAGUAAAGUCUCAGAAUCGGACAAUGAACCUUCAGGAUAUUCGGUUUAUCCUCCGGAAUGAUAUCAAGGAUCUAAUUAGCAAUCAGCAGAAACAUGCCUUUGAGAAAGAUCGGUCUGAAGUGCAGCAUUUAUAUGAUUUUGUGACAAACAAUGUAGACCACAGGACAGAGCAUAAACAACUCCAAAAGGAGAAUGCUGACAGAGGAAAACAGCCGAAGUGUUUAGACCAAACUCGAACUACAGCAGCCAAUCAUGAAUAUUCCUAUUACAACAUGGGUCGCCGUACUAGCUUCAGUCCAAAGAAGUAUGGACCAGAGGACAAAAUCAGACAUUCAAACAAUGAACCAUCACAACAAAUUAUGGUACUGUAUGAUUGUUGGAAAACAGAACAAAAUCAGCCUGAGGUUACAGCAAGGUCCGGAGGCCAGGGUGCUGGUUAUAUUGAAGAUAAACCUAGUCAUGAUUCCACUCCAUGGAAGAAGAUUGAGCAGCAUCAUGAUUCUGAGUCACCAGAACCCCAGCCUGAAAAUUAUUAUACAGAUGUUCUAGAUCAUUUACAUGAACUAGAUCUUGCAUUAGAGGAAGAAAUGUAUGUUGUGUCUGAUGAAGAGGGAGGCAGCAUUAUCUCUUUGAAAACAGCUAGAGAAUAUACAUCAGAUGAGGAAGAUGAACAGAGUGAUGGGACUACAAGUUUGUCUCAAGAUUGGUCAAGAAUGGAAGGUUUAGAAAGUGACCAAGAAAAACAUGAUCUGAUCUGCCUACACACACGGAACAGCAGCGCCAUGGAGGAAGAUCAAGAUAUUGCUACUAGCAUUUCGGUCCAACACUCAAUCAGCAGUUGUGAGAUCAACAUUCAGACAUCAAAACACCUAGUGCAACAAGCGUUCAGUGCCUUAGAUCACGUAAAGAAAAGUUAUCACUCUGCAAUUGGCACGGAGCAAACGUCUGAGAAAGUGAAUCUGACGGGAGAUUCACAGCUUUUGGAGAAAACCCCUUGCACUAAAUUAUUAGGCUAUGAUGAAGUGGACUAUCAAAGGCAAAAUGUAAGGGGAAACAAAAGGAUUAAGUCAAGCAAUGAAGGUCAUCUGGUGAUCCCUGUGGCUGUGGCUCCUCCAACAUGCUAUGAACUACCAGUGUAUGUUGUGGAGAGGAGACCUUGUGCUAAUUCAGCUGAGCAUUUCAAAUCAGAAUUUGAAGUUCUUAGCCAUACUCAAGAUGAACAGACAGCAAUAACAAAAGGUUGCAGUUCUGAUGUUUUGAAAACAUCAGAGACGUUUGCGGAUGGGACACAAACCACAUGUUCAUUGAGGAAGCAAAUGAACGAUGAACAUGUUGGUUACAAAUCUGCAUGUGAUGAAAGCUUUACAUGUGCGCCAGACUACACGGGUAAACUGGCAACCAAGAGUAAGAAGAAAAUGAAUAUUUUAGGACAUGUUCACAAGAAAGAGAAUUACCCUGCACGUAAAGGUCGCAUAUCUAUGAGAAUCCCAUCACAGGGGAACCAGCAAGGAUCUAGAAAGCAGUGCAUGUACCUGUCAAGCAAAAAGCAAAUCCGCAUUACUCAAAGCUGUAACAUUGUACCAGAAGGAGUCAAGGUGAGACAGGAAAAAAACACUGAGGUUUCUCGAUUGACCAAUGCGGAGAAAACUCACAAUCAAAAUUAUGGUAGAGCAUUAAAGGGAACAUCUGCCAUCACCAGUUGGACAAGUGACAUGACAGACAUGAUUGAAAAAAUGGCAUCUGGAUGCCUGCCAGUUGGACAAGGAGACCCAAAUCUACGAGGACGGCCACAUACUGGGCAUGUGGAUGAAGAGGAAUUGUUUCGUUCUUUUGCAAAGCUACCGCGGAAAAGCGAGAAACAUCCUCAACCUUCCAAAAGUCAUCUUGUAAAUAGUAUGGAAGGUCAUCUGAAUCACCGACAAACGAAAUGCCACUUACACAAAACUCCAGAUAAGAAACUCAUUGACAGUGAUAGUAGCCUAGAAAUUGAGGAAUCUUCGCAAAGUGGUACAGGACAAAGAGAAUCUUUUGAUAGCCAGCAAUCGGGGUGUGGUGAAGAAGAGUUAAACGUAACAAACCUGGACAGAACGUUCAUCACAAGUCCACAAAAGAAAGCUCAAAAGGAAAAAGUUCAAUCUGUUUCUACAUCAGAGUCAUCUUUCAAUAAAUCAGAUGAAUUUUUUACUCCUAAUCCUGAACUGGUCUCACGUUACUCAGAAACUUCGACUAAUGGAAACUAUACUGAGAAUCAAUUUACCAAAGAGAGCACUAGUUCUGAAGAGGAGUUAGAAAUUACUGCAGAGGAUUGUCAGAAGAACACAAUCUCUUUCAGAAGUUCAAGUGGUUCAGAUAUUGAUGUUGUUGGAAAAGGUAUCAUAGGUAAAGCACUGGAGCGAAAGAACAGUAAUAGAGACUGGAGUGGAAUCAGCAAACUCAGCUUUACAUCAUCAGCAGGAUCAUUUUCUGAUAUUCGGGAUCUUUCCUGCAUUCCGCAUGACAUGCAUUUCAUGAAUAAACUUUCACUCUCAAAAACACCAUUAUGUACAGGUGGGCCAAUCAAUAACAGUACUCCAUAUUCUGUCAACACAGGGAAUGUUCCUUCAGGCUACUGUCCACAUCAUACUAGGUUUGAAUCAUUGCUGUCCAAGAUUAUUGAUACCUCCCUGUGGCACAGCCCCGAGUCAAGCAUGAUAUCUCCUGGGACAUUUGCAACAGCUUGCGAUGAGACCAGCAAAAUCCAUAACCCAACAAGCCUGCCUGAUGCUACAUCUGUGAUCAGCAUUGCUAAAUCCCCAGGGGAAGGAGCCUGUGGACAGCUGAAGGCAACUCCUACCAAUCUCACCACGCACUUGACAGAAGAAAAAGCCCAACAGAUGCCAGAGGAUAUAUCCGCAGAAAGCAUUGUUCAGAAGUUAGUGGAGGAUCAGAAUGAAAAGAUUGUUCCUGCGAGGCUGCAGGAUAUAAGCCAAGACACAUUGGAUUAUUCCAGCGACUGUGGAAGGUGCAGAUUGCAGAAAUCCAUGGAAGAGACAGAGAGAGCUCAUUCUACACUGGAUAGUGUUCUGGAGAUGGUGGAAUCAAGAGAUCACACAAAGGAAGAAACAAUAACAAAACAUGCACCAGGUGAAGAGGCCUUAUGUAUGUUACAAAAGAAAGAAAACAACAGCACUACAAACCAAAUCAACACUAUAAAAACACAGGGAGAAGUGACAGAAGACUCAGGAAGCAAAACAUCAGCGACAAGUGUGUCCACUGCCGUUGCAGGUUGCACAAGUGAGGAGAUUUCCAAUAAAAAGCCAAUCCAGAGAGCAAACUGGACACAGCCUCACAGGGUCAUCGUCUUGGAAUGAGGCAGAACUUGGAAGUCCAAUUCCAUGGGGAGAAAUCUUAGCUUAAGAGGAUAAAUUCUUCAGAAUUCAAUGAGUCGACACCCUAAACCUUCGACAGGAACG